CCCAGAUCCUGCACAAGCUGAGGGUUUCCUGCAGUUGCGAAAGAGGGAUGGCAACGAUCAGCAGCCACCUUGGGGCGGAAUGUGACACAGCAAGAAGAUGGCCAAGAUUAGCACCCAAUACUCCCACCCCACCAGAACACACCCCUUGGUCAGGACCACGGACAGAGAUCUGGAUUGCAUUGAAACCGGUCUCAGCAGGACCCAUUUGCCAUGCGAGGAGACAUCGUCAGAACAGCAGGAAGGCAUUGCCAUGGAGACUAGAGGACUGGCUGAAUCCAGGCAAAGCUCCUUCACCAGCCAGGGUCCCACCAGGUUGUCACGCCUCAUCAUCUUGCUCCGUGCCUGGACCCCCAGGCAGUUACACCAGGAGGAACAGAGACCCAACUCUUUCCUGGAGCGUUUCAGCGGAGCCGAGCUCAAAGAGGUGUCCAGCCGAGAAAGCCAUGUCCAGUUCAAUGUGGGCAGCCAGGAGCUGCCAGACAGAGGGAGAAGUGACUGGCCCCUGGCCAGGAACAACACCAACACCUGCAACAACUCAGAGAAGGAUGACAAGGCGAACAAGGAGGAGAAAGAGAAAAAGGAAGAGAAAAAGGAAAACCCCAAGAAAGAGGAGAAGAAGCAGGACGGCGUCGUGGUGGACCCCUCCAGCAACAUGUACUACCACUGGCUGACCGCCAUCGCCGCGCCCGUCUUCUACAACUGGUGUCUGCUCGUGUGCAGGGCCUGUUUCGAUGAGCUUCAGUCCGAGCACCUGAUGCUUUGGCUGGUCCUGGACUACUCGGCAGACAUCCUCUAUGGCCUGGAUGUGCUGGUCCGAGCCCGGACAGGCUUCCUGGAGCAAGGCCUGAUGGUCACAGAUGCCAACCGGCUGUGGAAGCACUACACGAAGACCUUGCACUUCAAGCUGGACAUGUUGUCCCUGGUCCCCACAGACCUGGCUUAUUUUAAGCUGGGCAUGAACUACCCAGAACUGAGGUUCAACCGCCUACUGAAGUUGCCCCGGCUCUUCGAAUUCUUUGACCGCACAGAGACAAGGACCAAUUACCCCAACAUGUUCAGGAUUGGGAACUUGGUCUUGUACAUCCUCAUCAUCAUCCACUGGAAUGCCUGCAUCUACUUUGCCAUUUCCAAGUUCAUUGGUUUCGGGACUGACUCCUGGGUCUACCCAAACAUCUCAAACCCAGAGUAUGGGCGCCUCUCCAGAAAAUACAUUUACAGUCUCUACUGGUCCACCUUGACCCUGACCACCAUUGGGGAGACCCCACCCCCCGUAAAAGACGAGGAGUAUCUCUUUGUGGUCAUCGACUUCCUGGUGGGAGUCCUGAUUUUUGCCACCAUCGUGGGCAAUGUGGGCUCCAUGAUCUCAAACAUGAACGCUUCAAGGGCCGAGUUCCAGGCCAAGAUCGACUCCAUCAAGCAGUACAUGCAGUUCCGCAAGGUGACCAAGGACUUGGAGACACGGGUGAUCCGCUGGUUUGACUACCUGUGGGCCAAUAAGAAGACAGUGGAUGAGAAGGAGGUGCUCAAGAGCCUCCCCGACAAGCUGAAGGCCGAGAUCGCCAUCAAUGUGCACCUGGACACCCUGAGGAAGGUCCGAAUCUUCCAGGACUGCGAGGCAGGGCUGCUGGUGGAGCUGGUGCUGAAGCUGCGUCCGGCGGUGUUCAGCCCUGGGGACUACAUCUGCAAGAAGGGGGACAUUGGGAGGGAGAUGUACAUCAUCAAGGAGGGCAAGCUGGCCGUGGUGGCCGAGGACGGCAUCACCCAGUUCGUGGUCCUCAGCGACGGGAGCUACUUUGGGGAGAUCAGCAUCCUGAACAUCAAGGGGAGCAAGUCAGGGAACCGCCGGACGGCCAACAUCAGGAGCAUCGGCUACUCGGACCUGUUCUGCCUCUCCAAGGACGACCUGAUGGAGGCACUCACCGAGUACCCCGAGGCCAAGAAGGCACUGGAGGAGAAGGGGCGGCAGAUCCUCAUGAAGGACAACCUGAUUGACGAGGAGCUGGCCAAGGCCGGGGCAGACCCCAAGGACAUCGAGGAGAAGGUGGUGCACCUCGAGGCCUCCCUGGACGCCCUGCAGACCAGGUUUGCACGGCUCCUGGCGGAAUACAACGCCACCCAGAUGAAGGUGAAGCAGCGGCUCAGCCAGUUGGAAAGCCAGGUGAAGACGGGCCUCCCGCCUGAGGGGGAUGCUCUGCAAAUAGAGGCCAGUCAGCAGUGAAGACACAGAUGUCCGUCUCCUGCCUCCCCGGGUCACGGUCGGCGCGAGGCUGCGCGGCGCGGGGCCCGGCCAGGAUUGAAUUCCAGUUUUCCCUACCCUCUGUGAGCUGUGUGGCCUUGGGAGAGAGCCCUGAUUUUCCUCAUCUAGAUAAUGGGACUCUUUUUGUCUGUCCCAGUUAAGUGACAGAUUGCUGUGAGCUCCACAAGAAACGCUUCGUGAGGCAGGAUUUUGUGAAGUGUAAGAUGUCUCCAGGUCAAGAUGUAAAAAUGUGAGCACAGAAAUUUUUUUUUUUAAUCCAUGGAGAAUAUUUAGACUCCUGAACUUCAUAUUUUUGUAAAUGGGAUAUUAUUUCCUUACCCACCCCUCCUGCCCCUCACUCCACCACUUCUGGAUGAGGGAGAGGUAACAGAAGGUGAGAGUACAUGUGGUAACUCACAUUGGAUACACGAGACAGCUUGGGCAUAUUUCUGACUUGGGUAUCUCCUCGUGUGCUCUUUGAUGCCGUGACAGGCACAAAGAAUGAAGCCAGGUCAUCCCAGCUGAGGCCAUUUCAAGUCUGAGAAGCAAAUCCAGGUGUCCUGCCGUCAACUCCUGUGAAACCAGAAUCUGUUUCACAGCAAAGAGCAUCUCCAUUAGGGAAAGGGACAUCUCCUAACUCCCCAACAGGCUUCAAAGACAGCCUCUGUCCCUGUCCCUGAGUUAGGGUCCUGGGACAGCCUGUUCUGGCCUGGAGGGGAGAGUCGUGUUGAGGGGAAAGUUUCCCAGGUUGAAGGUCGGAAUGGGGUCCUAAGGCAAACAAGCUAACCACUAGGACUUUCAAGAGGCAAGACCCUUAGGCCAUGUCUUUGCAAACUGUCCCUGCACCCUGGAACAGGAAGCCUCACUCUCCCUUGGAAUUAUAUCCUGAGGCAAAGCUCUUAGACAAAAAUGUGCAGAGUGUCGACCUGGCUCUUUUUUGUUUAAUCCGGUAUAUAAUAUUGCAUUAAGAUUUUAGAAGGUAUCUAUAGAUUUGGGUUCUAUGACUGUGAAUGAUUACCUUAAUGGUCCAUCCUCUGCUUCAUACACGUUGUAAAUUACCCAAAGACAAGUCAGUCUCCUGAUGCAGAGAAGCCAUAUAUGCAGGUUUUCCUGCUCCUCUCUCUGAACUCGUCUCCCCUUCUCCCUUCCUUCCUUCUCUUCUCUUCCUCCUCUUCCUCUUUCUUCCUGUCCUCUUUUCUUCUCAGACAAGAUGCCCCGUGUCCUUUGGAAACCCUGGAGUCUCUGCGGUCUAAGUUAUAAUCCACAUGCUACAUAAGGUAGUUCAUACAGAAGCUGCUGCCUUUUCAAGUAUGCAUUUUGGAUUUAUAUGGGUCUGUUCUGGUUUCUACUAUGGAUCAUCUGACCAUUUUAACUUUUUAAAAGAAAUUUCAAAGAACUAUUAAAGAAAUAUGUGAUCCAAGCUCUUAUCAUCAGCACAAUGUAACUAGCAACGUGUUACCAAAAUGCACGUAUUUUAAAAGCCUUAACUAUUAAUUUUGCCUACAUUCAUAUUUACACAGGAAAAAUAGAGACCUGGAUUUAAAAAACACUGAAUGACUCCUGCUUCAUGUUUCGUCAUAAGGGAAAACUCACGUGGUCACAUACCCUGGGGUAUGUUUCUAGGGCAAUGAGCCUGGCUUCCCCAAAGGAAGGGGCACUGGUGAGCAGGUUUCAGACAGGCACCAUGUGAGGGGAUGUGUACAAAAAGCAGGUGAGGAAAGGCAAACAAAGCUGCGACAUUUGUCAGAGUGAGUAACUCAAAGCGUUCAGUUAUAUAAAAUGAACAUCCCAGGCAGGACGCUAAGCCUAUUGGCAUCAUUUGUCCCGGGUCGCCAUGGGGGAGGUGGUCGGGCAGUCUGGGAAGGCAUGGAUGUUCAGGAAGCCAGGUAAGCAUUUCCCCAGAUUUGCCCAAUGCUUAUGCCCAAGAAGUUUGGGUAAUAAGUUAGAAUAUGGGCUUCGGUGUGAGCGGCUUGGGACUGCUCUUGUUCAAGUCACGACUCUGUCCCUCAGGCAGGUUAUUUGACCUCACUAUAUCUGGCUUUCCUCACCCGAGAAAUGGGAACUACGUUGCCCACCUGGCAGAGCUGCUGGGAAUAAACUUUAAAAUUGCACAGCGUAAUGAGGAUGGCCCUUCAACCUCUUGGGUGCAGAAAAUGUCACAUUAUUGUCCCAGAGGAAUAAAUGAAUACAGUUUCAUCUAGUUAGCCCUUGGCUGCCUAGGUUGCUGGGAAGUUGAGUCUCGGGUUGUUUUCAGGACUUCCAUUCACUGUCUUGGAACCUGGGAAAGGGCUUGUGGGCUCCCAGCCGAGCCCGUGUGCUGCCCCGAAGGCAGUCCCUCUCUCUGCAUCGGGUCCAGCAUGGGGGUCCAUGCCAGGAGGCAGCUUCUCUUCGUGCCUUCUAUGGGACUCUAAACUCAUGGAGGUGUGUUUGUGUGUAUGUGUUUGUGUGUGUGUAUCUGUCGGUCUCAGGAAAAACAGUCUCCGAGACAAGAAAGGAAGAAAACGCUGGUGAGCACCUCUCAAUGUACAGACUGAUUCCAGGCUCCCUGGCAGAACCCCGGGGAGCGGGGAGCGGGCCAGACCUUGGAUGAGCGGGCUGGAGCUUUGGGUCUGAGGAACCCAGCCUGGUAAAGGUUCCGAUACUGCAAACUUG